AUGGGUUCCAACUUCUCAGAGGGCCAGCUUGUCCACUACUCCAGCGUACAAGAGGUCUGCAUCGUCGUGACAAUCUACCAGGAAACUCGCCAAAUUGUCAUCAGAACCCAGGAAAGUGGCCAACAGAUGAAGGUCAGCGAGGACCAGCUGACCCCUGCCGUCAGCGAGGUCCAGCCGACCCCUGCCGUCAGCGAGGUCCAGCCGACCCCUGGUGACAGCGUCCCACGGGCUGUGAAAUCGACAGGCACUUGA